GCUGUGCCAUCUGCAAGCCCAGUGCCUGGAUUUGUGAUAUGCACACACAACUUAGUUUAAUAACAAAUCAGCACCGGUUUUGGAGUCAUUCUUAUUACAUACGGUUCUCCACGGAUGUUUUCCUUUCCGGUGCUCUAAGGAUCUUUGUAGACGGGCUCUUUUCCCUGUCCGAAAGCUACGGGAUAUGUCGAGAGGCGUUUUCUUCCUCCACCCAAAGCCUCCCCAAGCUGGGACCUCACUGACGUGCUAUGACAUGAAGGAAGCCGCGGGAAGGCCCCACUUUAGCUGACUCUCGAGUUAUUCCUCACGCUGGCUCCAGUCGAGAAGUACCAGGAAUCAGGAAGCAGCAGGAGUUAAUGGGAGUAAAUGCAGGAACACACUUGUGGCGACCACUGAAGUUGCUGAGAGGAGGACGACUUCAUUGCAUAUUUGUGCUGAACUGAUCCCUAACGAGCCACCUUGCCUGAGGCGACACAGCGGGCUGGCCUGCUGUUAGACUCUCUUUUGCCGCCUGUAAAACACCACUGCCAUCAUGCAGACCUCAUCGCUCCGCCGGCAGAUGAAAAACAUGGUCAACAACUACACAGAGGCUGAGAUCAAGGUCCGAGAGGCCACCUCCAACGACCACUGGGGACCCUCCAGCUCGCUGAUGUCCGAAAUCGCAGAUCUGACCUUCAACGUAGUGGCUUUCGCUGAGGUUAUGGGUAUGAUCUGGAAGCGGCUCAAUGACCACGGGAAAAACUGGCGCCACGUUUAUAAGGCACUGACCCUGCUGGACUACCUGAUCAAAACAGGCUCGGAGCGUGUGGCCCAGGAGUGCCGAGAGAACAUAUACACCAUCCAGACACUGAGAGACUUCCAGUACAUUGAUCGGGAUGGACGUGACCAGGGUAUCAAUGUCCGAGAGAAGGCCAAGCAACUGGUGGCUCUGUUGAGGGAUGAGGAAAAGCUGAAGAGGGAAAGGAGCCAGGCGCUGAAGACCAAGACGCGAAUGGCGGGGGUCACCAGUAGCUUAGGCUCUGGAGCCUUGCCGCCUCCAUACCCAGGAAACCGUACUGGCCAGCCCAGUUCGGCCUACGGGGAUGAUUUCGGGAGUUGCAGAGGAUCGCCGUCCUCCUUUCACUCCCCCUCUUCCUCCCCUCAACUUGCUCCAGACCUGGAGCAAGCUCGGCCCACGACCAGUGGAGAAGAGGAGCUGCAGCUGCAGCUGGCCCUGGCUAUGAGCCGAGAGGAAAGUGAAAAGCCACCUCCCCCUGUGGACAUUGAUGAACAGACCCAGCUCCAGAUCGCUAUGAGUCUCAGCAAGGAGGAGGCACAGAAGCCAGUACAGCGUGCACCUGCCACACUGGAUAUGGAUGAGGAAACCCAGCUCCAGUUAGCCCUGAGCCUGAGCAAGGAGGAGCACCAGCAGGAACAACUGAGCCGCCAAGGAGACGAGUCGAUGCUCCAGAAAGCUUUGGAGGAGAGCAAACGUCAGAUGGAGUCUAAAGGCGGGACUGCCUUCAUGGACCUGGUUGAUGUUUUCGCAGUGCCCUCAAAUCUGCCUUCUAGUGACCAUCGCUGGAAUAAUGCCGCACACCAGGCAGCAGCUCAGCCGGGCGGCUCAGACCCCUGGGACUCCCUCGAAGGCAGCACUAACACCUCAAGAGUAGAUUCUCCGUGGAUGGUACCACCAACCCCCAGCAGCCCUCCACCACCAUGGGAGCCCCCAGUUGCCCCCUGGGAUGCCCUGCCGAACAAUGUCUCCAACCUCGACGCCGCAGGCCGUGUGUGGGCUUUGCCUGCGAACACAGCCUCUUCAAAAGUUGAUCCAUUCUCAGCCCCAUCAGAGAGAACAGCACUUGAGAGAGCUGUCAGGGAACCUUUUCCCCGAACUGGAAGUCCCUCUGAUGGGGAUCUGUUUGAUGAUGCCAUGGAUGGUGGUCAGGUGAAUGUCAACGGCCGAGGGGAGGACAGUCCUGAGCUCUUUGACCUGUCACGUCUCGGGGAAAGCCUGGCUGCCCCCAGCCCUCGUACAUGCCGGACACCUGAGGCCUUCCUGGACCCCACAGCAGCGUCCUUGGUAAACCUGGACAGCUUGAUUCCGGCAAAUCCCCCAGCCAAGGCCAAGAACCCCUUUUUAUCAGGCCUCAGUGCUCCCUCACCCAGCAAUCCGUUCCAAACUGAGCAGCCCAAACUAACUCUGAAUCAAAUGGGCUCCAGCUCCACCUCUUCAGCUCCUCACACUUCUCUUCCGUACAGUGCCUCCUUGCCUCUGCCCAUGAGCCACCAGCCUGCGAGCCUCCCUUCAUCGCUUACUCACCCCACCCAGCCUGGUCUGGACCUGCCAGGGAACCUCCCUGAGCCCUUGUUGCCCUUCUCUUCAGCCAGCACUCAGGGAUCACAGGCUGAACAGAGCACUCAGAACCCUUUCUUAUGAGGACCAACUAAACUAGAGAGAAAAUAUCUUAGAAAAAGAGGAAUGCCUUUAGGUUAUGCUCUGGAAAUAUCACUCAAACUGCAGACCAAACUGCAGCCCCAAGGACUUGUAUGAAAACCCGAUUCUUAGUUGUUUUUAUAUUGUGGUAUAAUACAGUAACCCUUAGAAUUGAUGCAAGUUGGUUCUGCUCUUCACUGUAACAGCCUGUCCUGCUCCUCCGGUCACGAAUGCUGUAACAGGGAUAUAAGAGAUAACACCUCUGUAUCACAAAAUAUUAGUGUCAUGUAAAACUUCCAUAAGGCCAUAACCUAUUGCUAAUUGAAUUCAAAUACAAACUUACACAAAAGCGCAGCUUGAUAAUGUUUUUCGUUGUCUCUGCACAGCCAUAAUAACCAUGCAAAUGUGUUAAAGCUUCUCAGUUAGUCAGUAAGGCUGCUCAUUCAAGUGUUUGUAUGAUCUGCUGCUGCUGUCAUAUACUCUGUCUCCUGAUAAAAACAGAUUUCUAUAACUUGCAAUAGUUUUUUAAAGACAUGUCCAGCUCUUGAAAUGUUACGGCAUCAAACAAUAUCAUUCACUUUGUGCUGCUUCUGUUGGAUCAGAAUUGAUGAGAAACAUCAGCAUAUAUACAAUUUUACUAAGGUGAAAUGAAUUGCUGAGGUUAAGGGGAUGAAAUUAUAGUCUGGGGGGACAGUACAUACUUCAGAAUUAACUAUAAGAAAGGAAACAUUAGAAAAUGUAUGAAUCCUGAGUUUUAUUCAUUGCUUGUGAACCACUGACUCUUAUCAAAUAUAAGGGUAUUAUCAUAACACUGCCUCAUUCUUCAGUUGGUUUUUCUUGCUUUGCAUUUUCUCAUGUCCCUUGAUAGCUAUACAGUUGAUAUGAAAUCAUCACAACAAAGGCACACACCCAGUGCCAGUUUCAAUAUUUUUUGUGCACCUUGU